UCAUGUGACGUCAUCGACCUGCGCCGGCAGACGGUCACGCGGCAGUCUCAGUUCCGGCGGCGAAUCGUCGUAAAAAAAACAAGUUUGGUAAAAGUCUAAAGGCAGAAAGAUGAGGCGAAAAAACACAAGACGGCGCGCGGACUGAGGCGCGCGAGCAGCUGAGAGAGAAAGUGCGCGCACGCGGGCUCACGUGCUUUAUCUGCGCUUUCCCGUCUGUGAAAAUGUCCCGAAAACACCAGAAGAAGAAGACGGACAUCCCGGACAGGUGGCUGGACUACACAGCGGUGGGGAGGAGACUCCAGGGGACUCGAUUCAUCGCCUUUAAAGUCCCUCUGAAGCAGGCGCUGACCCGGAUGCUCCCCAGGUCGUCCGUCUUCGGACCCUGGGAGCUGCUGGACGCCGUGAGCAGAGACCGGCAGGAGCUGGGGCUGAUCAUCGACCUGACCUUCACCUCGCGCUACUACGACCUGCAGGACCUGCCGGCGUCCCUGAUGUUCGUGAAGAUCUUCACCGCUGGUCACCAGGUUCCCAGCGACGGCACCAUCCUGAGCUUCAAGCGCGCCGUCAACAACUUCCUGCGAGACAACCAGGACAACGACAAGCUGAUCGGCGUCCACUGCACCCAUGGGCUGAACCGCACCGGAUACCUGAUCUGCAGAUAUCUGAUCGACGUGGAUGGAAUGGACCCUGCAGAGGCUGUGAAGUUGUUUAACUCGUCCCGCGGUCACGCCAUAGAGAGGCAGAACUACCUGAAAGACCUUCAUCGUGGGCCGAAGAGGAGUAAUGAAGGGAUGGAGGAGUUGGAGCAGGAGCCCAUGAGAGGCCAGGCUAUGAGCAAGCCGACUCCCACGCCACCGCCAACGUGCCUCGCCGCCGCCAGCUACAGGUGUUUCCCUCCAAAUGUCAGCCCUUUGCUCCUCCCUCUACGUGACAGGCCCAACCCUGGUCUGCCCCCUCCCCCCUUGUUCCAGCCAUAUCAAUGGGGCGGCACUCCCCCACAAGGAGACUGGACGAGACCCCCCCGUCCUGAGACAAACAGGUUUAGACCGUUUCCACCAUCUGGACCAGCAUGGUCCCCCCCCUACGGCCCCCCAGAGAGCAGAAGGUGGCCCGCCCCCCAGCCCCACCUCCAGUACUCCCCCAGCUGGGCCGCAGGUGAGGAGGACUGGACCCCACCUGGAGGGAGACACUCGAGCAGGGAGGGCUGGCGGCAGAACGGACCAAAGUUCUGAGCCGAGGAUCACAUGACCCGGAUCACAUGACCUGGGUCAAAAAAACGUUCUUUUUAAUUUUUUUGUGGUUUUAAGCUGCAUUCUGGUUUUCAUAGAGAGAAUGGAAAAUUCCUGCUUUUACAGAUGUCUUUUAAUGCAACACGGCUGAAAGAAACGGGGUUUGCUGCAGCGCCCCACCGCCCCGGUUCUGACCCAUUUUGACCCGUGGGCGCUUUGUUUGAAGAGUUUUUUUACCGCCACGUUUAGCCCCCGUUCAGGAAAUUCUGAUGCUUUUAGUUCACUGACGGCGUUUGACGGAGAACCUUUGGGUUCCUCCACGGGACGUCAGGUCUUUCUGCUGAGUCAUGUUCCACAGGAACGGCGCCAAAGUCCGACCGAUGGGCUGGCCUCUGAUUGGCCCCUCGCCUCCAGAGACGGGGAGGAGUCUGGGCGUGACCAUCUUCAAAUGACCAUAAAUCCCAGGAGGCGUCGGCUUUAGCGUGCUGGUUCUGGAUGAAGCUACAACGCUGCUGACGUCUUGUGAUGGCGGCGGCGUCCAGGACUCCAAACCAGAGGAAGCUGCUGAGACUCCCGGGUCAGCUGGACGCUUUCGCUGAAAUCGAAUUUGAUCAUUUUUACUAAAAAAUGUUUUCAUGAACUCUAAUUUAAUUUUAUGUUAUUGAAUUUGUGGGUAAAUAAAGUUUUUUAAGCCCCA